AUGGAUGACCAUGUCUCCAGAAGCCAAAACACUCUGUCUCAGGCUGAUCAGAUGCUUCAGCCAACCGAUGAUCCUUGGCAAACCGUCGGGAUGAGAUUCCCUGAAUUGGGCGUAGGCGGACAUGAGGCGGGGAGUCUUGAACGCGGUCUCCGUGCUCUAGUAUACUCAUCAGCUUCGAGGAUGAAAUCAUUUGCAACCACUGCAGCCAUCUUGAGUCUCUGCUCGAAACACGUCCUCGCUCUACCUGGUCGGUCCUACCAGUCAAAGGAACUUGCGUCCAAGAGUUAUCAGGACUCGAUUACGAUCGAAGGGUUGUUGACACAUGCGAAAAAGUGGCAAGAAUUUGCGAGCAGCGCAAACGGGUCGAGGAGCUUCGAGUCCGAGGGGUACAAGCUUUCUGCCAACUAUGUGUACGAUCUUGCUAAGCAGUCGGGAUACAAAGUUACUCGCCAGACGGUCGAGUUCCCUCGAUCCAAGAUCCACUCUCAGGAAUUGAAGAUAAAUGACCAAGUGUUCGGUCCGGGGGAGGUCCUUGCACUUACUUACAGUCCUUCUACUCCCAAAGAGGGUAUUACGGCCGGCUUGGCGCUUGUUCUUGAUGAGCCAGAUACAUUUCUCGGUAGUGGAUGCCACAGAGAUGAUUACGAUGGCUUAGAUGUUCGAAGAGCGAUCGUGUUCAUGUCAGCUAAUGGGUGUUCGUUAGCGAACAAGGUAGCUGUGGCUAAGAGAGCAAGGGCACUCGGAGUAGUCAUAUAUAAUGACAUCCCAGGCCAGGGACCGUUCCAAGGUCAGAUCUCGCCCAAUGCGAGCGAGAGCCUGCCGACAGUAAUGAUCGGUUUCGAUGCCGCCCAAUCGUUCGUUAAGAAACUUCGGGCAUCCGAGUUUCCUGAUCGAACCCCAUGGGGCGAUCAAAACAAUGUAAUUCAUAUUGGAGCCAAUCUGGACUCUUCUACCGCCAGCCCAGGUGUCAAUGACAAUGGGUCUGGAAGCGCUGCCAUCGCCGAGUUGCUUGUGCAACUUGCCAAGUUCAAACCUAGCAAAAAUGCUGUGCGGUUCUCGUGGUGGACAAAUGGAAAAACUGGUUCAAUUGGAUCUGAGCACUAUGUCAAGUCGCUCUCGAAAGCCGAAAAGAAGAAAACUGCAUUGUAUAUCGAUGUAAACACAAUUGCAUCCCCUAACUACAUAUACGGUAUCUAUGAUGGUUGUAACGCUUCGGAGUACAACACUGUCACCCCUCCUCCUGGCUCGUCUGCACUCCAAAAGUUAUUCCAGGAAGACUUCGAAUCAAAGGCUCUCCCUUGGACAAACUUUGCAUUUAAUACGAGCUCCGACUAUAAUGCAUUUUUGAAAGCCGGUAUUCCUGUUGGUGGUCUGUCGACCGGUACUACCGGCUUCAAGUCCGAGGUUCAAGUGGCCAAAUUCGGUGGUCAAUUCGACGUUGUUUUGACAAAUGCUUCGAACGGGCUUGUAAGCGAUAAUAUCGACAAUUUGUCCAAGGAUGCAUUACUAGUGAAUGCUCGUUCCAUUGCACAUGUCAUCGCCACCACCGCUCAGUCUACCAAUGGGAUCGAUGCUGAAAAGGCGGCCCACAGUAAGAAGGUGGAGACACAAGUUUAG